AUGUGCAUUUUGAUGGACACGGAGCACCCGCUUGUCCGGGAACAGACGGGGUUCUCAUGCGUGCGGAGUAUGAGGACGGCGUUCGGGUUGUCUGUGUCGGCCGACCUUAUGGGGCUCUUCGAGGACCCCGACCUUCUGGCGGCAAGCCGGCCUGUGCUGCCGUGGGAGCGGGGCCAGAAGCUCCUGAAGGGUGGCAGGAACGUCGAAGAGAUGGCAUUGCAAGCGAAAGAGAAGGCGGAGGCUCGACGGCGCUUGGUUGCGAGACAUGGGACCGGGGGGUUGGCGUGUGAGGUGACGCUUCUGGUGGAUUCCGUGGCGGACUCGAUCGUGUACCGGGAGAUCAGCACGAGACCCAUCAGGCGGAUGCUGUCCCUCCUGAAGAACAACUGGAGGCCAGAUAGAAUAGACGAUGUAAGGAGGAACGCCAACCUUGGCAUCAGGAGCGGCGAUUUCGGGGCGCGCCUGACGCACAACCACCAGACACAGUUCUACUUCGUCAUGCAGAGCCUCAUGCUGUGGUUGGAGGUGACCGACAACAUGCUGGAUCUGUGGGCGGCCGGAGAGAAGGAUAUGCUGGAAGAGGACAACCAGUACAGGCUCAGCAACACGGGGCAGGGGCUUCAGAGAGUCCAGGUGGGCUCCGCCGUGGUGCACCUGGGGGACAGCUGCGUCCCCAACGCGCUGACCUUCCUCGACAAGUAUUCCCAAGUGCCGUGGAUUCUCAACCCGAUCCUUCAGGCUUUGGACUACCUGACAGACCUCGACGAGGGAUCAGACCCCGUGGUGCUGGAGUACAUCAAGGGCCGGUGGGGGAACGUCGAGUACGCCCAGCGCUACAUUCUGAGAAAUUUCUUCCGCUUCGGGUUCGAUGGAUCCGGCGGGGACAACAACUACGAUGCCGGCAGCUGCGUGGAUGGACGGUUGACCAGCGCCUGGAACUGGUGCAGCAAGAUUGAGAAGAAGUCCUUCGUUAACGUCUUCAAGCUCAGCGGCUUCUCUGGCUUCGACGGAGACUUCAGCCGCUGAUACUUCCAGCCUUGUGUGAACCAUUCUCCUGGUGAAUUUUCUGCAGCGCGUAUGCUGUGUCCACAUACGGCGUCUCGGUCCUCGUUGCGAUAUCUGAACGUCAAGGUGCUCCGAUGCCCGGGUGGGCGGGUGUUGAGGCGUCCACAGGUAGUCCGUUGUUGCAGCUGGCUUUACUCGCUGAGAUCCCGACUGGUGCAGGACAAAGUUCCGUUCAGAAAUGUUCGUGGAAAGCAAGGCUUUAGCAACGGCGUUUAGGGAUGCCCAGCGAUAGUUAUUCAAAGGCUGUACUUCGUUGCUGCCUGCAAGUGGCGAAAAGCACAAGGACCGGCUGGGAACUGGGCGGUUCACUGAGUUUUUUUGGGACUUGUGCAUGCUGCGAUAUUGUCGUUAAUGUUGUGAGAGUUUUCGCAGCUUUGACGGCGGAACGUUGGCUGCGCAAUGAAUUGCGUGGCAUGUCACGCUUCUACGCAGGGAGACGGCCGUACGAUGCACACCCAUGACUCCCACAUUGCCGAGCGCGUCC